AUGGCGGCCUCGAGUGGUGCGUCCUCUAUUUCAGUGACCGUUCGAGUCAGGCCGUUUACGAUACGAGAAGCUGCACAACUUACAAAAUGUGAUGAUUCAAUGCUCUUCCUAGGGGACGGGUCCUUGGCUGCAGUUCCAACCCCGAAACUGAUACAGAAAGGCAUUCGACCUGUAAUAAAGGUCAUGGAUGACAAGUGUUUGGUUUUUGACCCACCAGAGGACAACCCAGUACAUCGAUUUUCCAGAUCCGUUGUCCCGAACGGAAAACGUGUGAAGGACCAGACCUUUAUGUUCGAUAGAGUUUUCGACGAAAACACAACCCAAGAGGAUGUGUAUGAAGCAACAACUCGAAGCCUUCUAGACAGCGUGUUGGAUGGCUACAAUGCAACCGUGUUUGCAUACGGCGCGACGGGUUGUGGAAAAACCCACACGAUCACGGGAACUGCUCAACAGCCGGGUAUUAUUUUCCUUACCAUGCAAGAACUCUUCGAGCGGAUUGCGGACAGAACAGAUGAAAAAGUCACGGAGAUAUCAUUGUCAUAUUUGGAAAUCUACAACGAGACCAUCCGCGACUUGCUCAGCACCACCAAUACUAUCAAGGGUGGUCUCAUGCUCCGAGAAGAUGCAAACCAAACAGUUUCUGUUGCCGGACUUUCCAGCCAUCACCCGCAGAACGUUCAGGAAGUGAUGGACAUGAUUGUGAGGGGAAAUGAAUCGCGAACAAUGUCCCCCACAGAAGCAAACGCAACAUCAUCUCGGUCUCACGCGGUUCUUCAAAUUAACGUAGUGCAAAAGGACCGUAACGCGGAUAUCAACGAGCCACACACGAUGGCAACAUUGAGCAUUAUCGACCUGGCAGGAAGUGAGCGGGCGAGUGCAACAAAAAAUAGAGGAGAGAGGCUGAUCGAAGGCGCCAAUAUCAACAAAUCUUUGCUGGCUCUAGGCAAUUGCAUAAAUGCGCUAUGCGACCCUAGGAAGCGUAAUCAUGUCCCUUACCGAAAUUCGAAGCUCACCCGCCUCCUAAAAUUCUCAUUGGGAGGAAAUUGUAAGACGGUAAUGAUUGUCUGUGUCAGUCCGUCCAGCCAACACUUUGACGAAACCCAAAACACCCUUCGAUAUGCGAACCGGGCAAAGAACAUCCAAACGAAAGUUACCAGAAAUGUUUAUAACGUGAAUCGCCAUGUCAAAGAUUUCCUUGUUAAAAUUGAUGAGCAAAUGGCGUUGAUUAAAGAGCUGCAGCAACAGCAGAAGGAUUAUGAGACCAUUGCAUUCGCGAAGUUUAAGAAACAGGCUGAGAAAAAGGAAAUAGUGGUGCGUGAAGGAGUGGUUCGUCUGCGUAGUGCAUAUGAACAUUCAGCUUCCGAAAGGGAAGAGAGGGUCAAUUGCAUGCUUCGCUUAAGGCAGGUCAGCCGUCGUAUCUCAAUUCUUUCAGCCUGGAUUGCUGCAUUCGACAGUGUGUGCGAUGCUACAGAAAAUGAAUCCGCUUUGUCAAACCUCCAGGCCAUUCGGAAGAGUGCGCAAGGAAUACUCAUCGAGCUCGAGGGCAGCAGGCAGCAUUAUCAUCAGAAACUCGCGAGAAGCAGCUGGGAUCGAGGCAUCAAUUCUGCACUGGACAUUGGUAUUAAACAGCUCCAAGAACUUGAAAUCGCGGAUAGUGUCGACACUGCCACUCUUACCCGAGAAGCAGAGUUACUCAAGUCCAAUGCAGAAAGGGAAGCAUUAGCCGCAAUCGCCGAGCAGGAGAAAGGUGGUGAUUUGUCCAUGAUCCAGAUGUUGCUGCAAACAAAUUUCGAGACUGUUUCUGCUAUUGAGGACAUUAUGCAGCUUCGCGAGGAGGACGCAGUUGCGACUGGCAAGGUAAUCCUUGGAAAGCUCCUUAGGUCUAGCACAACCGCAACGGCCCACGUCGCUAUACCCGAUGGAGGCGCGCCACCUGUCGAAGUUUUCCCGCCAAACAAGGCUGGUACGCCUAAGCGCCGAAAGCAAUACAGUAUGGGAAGGGCCGCAUCAUUACCAAAACCUAUUAACGCGGCUAUAUCUAUAGCACCUCAUGUAACUCCAUCCCCAGCCAAGCCUUCCCCUAGAAGAAGAAAAAUAGGGCCAAAGAAGGGUAUCAAUUUCACGCCAAAGAAGCUUCAGACGAAGAGCAACAAGCGGAGCGUGAGGUGGAAGGACGAUGUAGAGGAAGGAACCCUUGCGGAAUUCGAGAAGACUCCACAAAAGACAGCGGAAUCACCCGCUAAUACGCCCUCAGCGGAGCCACGAUUGCCACCAAUGCAUUUAGUGGCAUCCGCCAUUCCCCGUCGAACCUCAAACGGCUCGAGGGAGUCAUCACCAAUCUGCAGCCCUCCUACCUCGCUCACCAUCCAGAAGAAUAGCCGUUUCAAAGCCGGUUUCUUAUCCAAGAAACCAAACGGAUCCCCAGUUCCCUCGGCGUUGCCCAGGCUCCCCUUAGCGUCGGACGGCGAACUGUCUCCAUUACGUGGUAUUGAAAAUAGUAGUUUCCUAAAUCGCAGAUCCCUUGACCAUUCUGAGGCUGAUGAUAACACAAAAAGCAAUGUCAGCGGGUCAUCAUCAGAUAACGAAGAUGGGUGGAAAAUGGACAAAAGUGACGCCAUGACGAUACACUCGGCGAUGAGACGCAUUUCCGGAACCCACCAUGGAGGACAUCGGGCUUCGAUGGCUGGAGUAAAUAGGACCCAAAGACGACGAAGCCCGACAGCCGCCACGAGCGCAAGCCCCACCAAUGAAAACAGCAGCAUGUUCUCGGCAUCCCAAGCAAGACGGAUGGUGAAAAGCGAAAAGGAACAUGAUUCGAAGAUUAGCGUUUUGAGCCCGAGGACCGUACCAAUUAUGAAAGUAAAUGGCCACCGACGGACGACGUUCGGGGAUGCGAAACAGAUAGGCCUUGGGUCCCGAGAAGGGAUCCGGCUUAGCUCGGCCACGAUUUCUGGCGGCGGAUCGUUGCGGGGUAGCUUACAGCCCGGGGCGAAAGGUUCGUGGAGGUAG